AUGACUGCCCCCCAGCCAGCCAUGCCCGAGCUAAGCCCAGCAGAGGAGGCCGGAGGCCCAGCAGGAAAGGCUGCGGCAGGUGCCCGGGAGAAGGGCCCCCAGCUGGGCCCGCGGCUGCCCUCAAUUGUGGUGGAGUCCAGCGAGGCGGGCUCUGUGGAGAGUGGGGAGCUGCGCUGGCCGCCAGAGGGCGCCCUGAGGGGGUCAGCCCAGACCCAGGGAGCGGCUGCCUCCUCACUGAGGGAAGCACCCGGGAAGGCCCCGGAAGACGCCAGCAGCAAGCACGCCAGCUGCAAGGACCAGGCCCCCCAGGGCCCCCAGUAA